AUGAGAAUACAAACAAUGGCACUUUCGAAGAUGGUUCUUGGCGAAAUGAGCAACAAAUUACUUUGCAACUUCAAAGAUCAAUCAAAGUUUUUUAUUACCUACCUUUGCUGGAAUGUUAUAAGCGAUCCAGCUUGUAUCGCUGGAAAUUUGCAAGCAACGAGUACUUGUCUUUGUGAAUUGAUUUUGUUAUGGUUUUUGGGCGUCUGUUUGGAGGCACGAUUUGAACAUCCAAGCAGUUAUUAUUGGCAGCAUCUGGUUUUUAUUAACCAAGGCGUAAUGAGAAGAUUGCGCUUAGGUGGAAUGCAGAAAUCUUCAAACCCAUCCCAUGUUAAAUCUAGGAGGAGUUCCGCUGAUUCUAACUAUUCGCAACCCUCGUCCGAUCUGUCGCUUGACGAUGAAAAAGAAACACUUCGACGAGAAAGAGAAAGGCAUGCUCUAAGCCAAUUGGAAAAGGCGAGGGGUAAACCUGUAGCGUUUGCAGUACGGACGAAUGUUGCAUAUGAUGCUACAGUUGAUGAUGAUUCGCCAGUUCAAGGAAGUGCCGUGUCAUUUGAAAUAAGAGAAUUUCUUCACAUUAAAGAAAAGUAUGACAACAAUUGGUGGAUUGGAAGGUUGGUUAAAGAGGGUUGUGAUGUCGGGUUUAUUCCAAGUCCAGUUAAGUUGGAACAUAUUCGUAUACAGAACCAGACGAGGCCAUCCAGAUUGUAUGGUACUAAAGUCUCUUCAACAAAUAACGUAGGAGCUGGGGAAACAAUGCGUGGUAGUACUCCACCAACACCUGGUGAUGAAUCCGAUUCCUUAGGCGCGAGUCGCCAAGGAAAAACUACAAUUACGAAUUCAUUAAAUAAAGACAAGCGUAAGCCAUUUUUCAAAAAGCAAGAUACUGCUUCUCCUUACGACGUAGUUCCCUCUAUGCGACCAGUUGUUUUGGUUGGCCCUAGCCUUAAGGGGUAUGAAGUCACAGAUAUGAUGCAAAAGGCUCUUUUUGACUUUUUAAAACACCGGUUUGAAGGAAGAAUUAUAAUUACACGGGUAAUGGCUGAUAUAUCUCUAGCAAAGAGAUCUAUUAUGAACAACCCUACAAAACGCGCUAUCAUGGAACGGUCCAGCAGUCGGUCAGACUGUCUCACUAAGGUUCAAGAAGAAAUUGAACGCAUAUUUGAACUGGCGAGAACUCUACAAUUGGUAGUUCUUGACUGCGACACAAUAAACCAUCCUUCACAACUUGCGAAAACUUCAUUGGCGCCUACUAUUGUAUAUCUAAAAAUAAGCAGCAGUAAGACUUAUUGGAGGGCCACGCAUCCGGAAAUGAGUGUCGUUGGGUCUAUUCCCAAAUCAAUGACUGUUCAGAACGCAUCACCAAUGGCAGAUCAAAAUAGAUUUAAUUCAACAUCCACAGAGUUCAAGAUGGACGUGGACAUGCCUACAAUUCCAACUCCAACUGUUCGGUCGGCCACCAACGGGGCACGUAUUGGGCCUACUCCUCCGCCCCGCUCAACCAAUGCUACGGUAUCGACUGCCGCUUCUGGUAGUGGCUCACGAGCAGCCCCAUCAGCGCCAUCCGCUCAAGUCGAGCCGCGUCGCAUCCGAUGCCCGCUAUGUCGACAGCGUGUUGCCCAGGCACAUGAGCACUGCCUCAACUGCCUGUCGCACACGCAUGAGACGCAGGAGUGUGCUUCUUCCGACUUAUGCCACACGUGUGGCAGACCACAUCACACGCUGCUGCACAGGACCCUACGACGCGAUGUAGGUCGGCCAGCUGCCUCAAGCACGGGUAGAUCCAGGCAAGCAAGCCGGACGGUACGACGUCCAACCACUGCAGCCCGGCCUGAGCCCCAUCAAUGGCGUCCGCACUAUGUUGCACCACCCAGGCGUCGUCCGAAAGCGCCACAGCAUCGCCCCUCUACUGGACUCAGCAACGUGGUGGCAACACUCCAGCAAUUGCAGAGAUUGCUAGGCUGAAUAUUCGCCUAGGGGGGCCGGGAUGGCUAAAUGAGAUAAGCCGCCCCCCCCCCAAUGCCACUACACCAAUACACCUCACACACAGAACCCACAUUCCACCACCCACACGCGAGAGGACAUCUACACACGAAAACACAUAUCAACAGUCAAAAGGGUCAACUAAAAAGUUUUUUCUUCAGUCUCGUUACGAUCUGCAAACGUAGCUUACGCCAUAGAAAACCCUUACGCAUCGCCGCUGUGACCUCGCGCCUUAUCGAUAUUCGCACAUCUGUUUUCACAUCAAACAAUAGUUAAAAUUGCAUUAGUUCCGGCACAUUGUGCAAAGAGCAUUUACACUCAUUUACAAAAUUUGUAAACCAUUCACUUACAUAUCAUUAAAACCGUGGAGUUAUUUUAAUAAGUUAACCGAGUGUUUUUUAUUUAAAGAAAUUAAAGUGGUAAGCAAGUGGUAAGCAAAAGAGCAAGGUGAAUUGAACACUUACUAUUAUGCCUGCUUGACCCUUGGUUUUGUAUCUGAGGUGAUACAAUUUUUGAUUUUUUAGUUGCGGAAGGACGGCCAUUAUUCAUAACCUCCAUAAAAUGUUUCUGUGUCACACGCAGACACCUCGAGAUGGAUGCCUGAACUUGCCUCUUAAUAUUGUUACAUUUGUGACAGCUCUACUCUCGGAUGUGGAGUAGGUGCAAUUUCUUUUAUUAGCUUUAAUUGAUCGGAGAUCAUAGCUUUUGUUUCUUCAUAUUGGUCUAAGCAGUUUUCAUAAAUAUCGUAAGCCGAUGAUUUAAAAUUUAGUGGUAGAUCUGAAUUGUCAGAAUCUACUAUAGGGUCAUGAGCCGCUUGGAGGCGAGUCCAAAAAUUUUUAAGAUUUAGAUUUUUUACUUCCAAUAACAAUUCCGAGUUUUCGUGAAUCGAUAUAAAGGCAAAUCUAGUGCGGUAUCUUGUAAAACUGUCACUUUCUGAAAUGAAUUUAGUAGCCUGUUUUGAGCGUGUAGCUCCUGCAGGUGUACUAUGAUUUUUUUCGUUAUUAACCAUUUUUGUU